AUGUCGUUCCCAAAGUACAAGCCGUCGCGCCUGGCCACUCUACCCAGUACUCUCGAUCCAGCCGAGUACGACAUAUCUCCGGAGAACCGGCGGGCUCAAGCCGAGCGCCUGGCCAUAAGAUCCCGUCUUAAACGGGACUAUCUACUUCAGUACAACGACCCCAGCCGCCGAGGGCUCGUCGAAGAUCCUGCCUUGACUCGUUGGACCUAUGCAAGAUCAGCAAAUGUCUAUCCUAAUUUCAGGCCUACUCCCAAGACCUCUCUCUUAGGAGCUGUGUUUGGCAUUGGGCCCCUGUUCUUCUGGUAUUAUGUUUUCAAAACUGACAGGGAUAGAAAAGAAAAACUUAUCCAAGAAGGAAAAUUGGAUCGAACACUUAAUAUCUCGUACUAA